UAAAGGAAAGUUCCAGGUUGCGGGAGGACGGAUUUGAAGAACGUACCUGUCGGCGUCUGCUGGUGUUUGUCGUGACAGUGAUUCCAGAAGAAGGAAGAUAUAUCUGGACGUGUGAGUUCUGCAGUAAAGACACGAGCACCUAAAUAAAUGUUCGUCCUACACCAGGUGCACAGUGUUUGGAGGACAAGUAGCUUUACAGCCGAGAAGCUAACGCUGUGUUUCUGUCGCUGUCACACAACUCAGAGAGGAGCCGCUAACACACAGCUUAUCAAAAAGCACAAAAAAGAAAGAUCUUCAUGUCAGCCGGUUCUGGACCUCUUUGACCAGCAGUACAGUCAGGAACUUGGAGAAUUGUGGGCGUCUACAAGGUCGGCGCUCCUGGACCCUCAAUCCUGGCAGUAUGGGGUCCUGCUGAACCGCUUUACAGCAGUGACAGAUGUCACACAGAUUCUCCAGUCACAGGGUUUCUCCAGGUUCCUGCCACAGACUGAUGUCUCCUCACCACUGUCCAAUUCUAAAAACCAGACAGGAAAAGACUCCAGUCCUCAAUGUGUCAGCGCCUCUCCUGCACUCAGUCAGGACAUUCGAUCCAAUCCAUCUGUCACUUUGCCCCAUCCGUCACUACAGUGUUAUAUCCACGCACACCCACUAAGGUUUCCCUCUCAGCCUCACCGGCAUGGCCAGCUGAAGCAGUAUUACCUCCUGAACGCUGCCUCCCUGCUUCCUGUGCUGGCUUUACAAGUCAGAGAUGGGGACAAAGUUCUGGAUCUUUGCUCCGCCCCAGGGGGAAAAGCCUUAGCCAUACUGCAGUGUGCCACCCCAGGUAAAACUAAAUGGAACUAA